AUGCCACAAGGAUCUCUUAAAAAGUCUACAACAAAAUCUCCUGGUAGAAUCAAAAAACAAACAAGUAAAACUCCUAAAAAGGCUGCUCCAAAAACUCUGGCUCCAAAAAAACGUGCCGCAGUUAAAGAUGCUCAGAUUGCUCGCAAACACACAGCUGCCCUUACAGGAGCAACAGAGAAAAUCCUUGCAGCCAAAAUAGGACACUUGGAACUGCUUAAGGGAACCCGCAAAGAACUUGAAGAAAGAGAAAGAAAGAAAAAUGAUAAAAAGAAGAAGAAUACUAAUAACCAGGGUAAAUAA